AUGAUGCCUAUCAAAGGAUCAAUUGUGUACGAACUUCCAACCCUUCCCAACUAUAUUCCACCUCGACCUACAGAAAAUAAGAGAAUUCCACCACCGGUGCUAUCAAAAAUGGGUGGAAAAUGUCCAAAAUUGCCAGAACUCGUGGAGCCAAACACCUACGGUAACGGUGAAACCGUGAUGACUGGCCAACCUAGAAGCGCCCCCGAGGCUCGUAUUUUCCAACACCCCAUUGACCCAGUCAAGUACUUUGCGCAAUUCAAAGAUCCCAACAAUUGCAUGAAGCCACAGGAGAAGCCGGUUCCCUUAUUCAAGAUCAUUCGCCGUUCCGAAUCCCUUAACACAAGGAAGAAGACCAUCCAGGAGGUUUCAAAGUUCGCAAACAAGUCACCAGUAUGGAAUACUUCUAAAGCUACAGCCGAUGAUAUUGUUGGUAGAAUUCUGACAGGUGGACAGUGGGAACGUGAACAUUUGCCUCCGGUGGUGCCAAAAGCUCAACGACCAAUGAAUAAUGGAAUAAAUCGUCAUCUGUGGAAAAAGGAAGCGUCUUCUCCAAAAUUGAUUAAAAGAGUCAUAUAA